CAAAGUGUGGCUGACGGCUGAAAGACCGUGUUCAUGCACGAGUGGGAGCAAAGAGGAAGAGGGAGUGUGUGUAUAACGCACAAUACGAGGAUUUACACCUCAGAAAAAGUGGAGAAGAAGCAGCCUGCAAAGACAAUUCAGAGAUGUUGUGGAUUUAAACGCUGUGGGAGAAUGAAAUCAGAGGAGUGAAGAAGAGAGAAAAGCCUGGAGAAGCUGAUGCAGGAGAUUGGUGUAGGAGACUAUUUUCACAUUCAGCCUGCACGUUAAACUCCGAGUGACCAAUCAUUUAAAAAAAUAAGGAAAAAAUGGUUUCUCUGUGAAGGACUGUCAUGAGUCGGGGUGAGUACUCCUGUCGCACAUUCCAUCUUUGAGUUGUUUUUCAGGAGAGGGAGGCGCCCAGCUGCUUCUGGUUAGCAAUCAACGGCACUGGAGAACACACCUCGACGUGGGAUGAUUACUACUGCCCGGAAUUUUGGAGAGUCUCUGGUGAAGGAACUCUUAGGAUUCUCUAAACUCGUCAGGAUACUCGCCGCCUCUACAGAACCUUCUGGACGCAGCUUCCCAGUGUUCUCCAUCUCUCCAGUCGCUCCACUCCUCUGCUUCCCACUCGCUCCCUCUCCUGGAUAUACACACCUCGACUCACCCAACUCUCGACCUGCCCCUCCCUAUUCCUCCUCAUCUCCUUUGCCCAACGCUGAUAGAUCAUGGCAGGUGUGACCUCUAUGUCAGCACCGAUCAACCAGACUCAGCUCAGCAUCACCACCCAGGCCUCCAACACAUCAACUGCACCAGAACACAGCGAUGCAAACCUCGUGCUGCUCGGUGCUGCCAUGGCUGUUCUCGUCCUAGUCAUAGUUUUUGGUAAUGUGUUGGUGAUUACAGCCAUCCUGAGGUUCCAGCGGCUCCAAACAAUCACCAACCUCUUCAUCGCCUCCCUGGCCGUGGCUGACCUCAUCAUGGGUGUGGUCGUGGUCCCCUUUAACUCCAGUAACAUCCUGCUAAACGAAUGGAAGUUUGGAAACUUUAUGUGCGACUUCUGGACAGCGACUGAUGUAUUGUGUGUGACGGCAAGCAUAGGAACACUGUGCGUGAUCGCCAUGGACCGGUACCUCGCCAUCACAUUGCCGCUGCGCUACCCAAUGCUGCUGACCAGGGGUCGGGCGUUCGUGGUGGUGCUCACUGUCUGGACGGUGGCUUCCCUCAUCUCCUUCCUGCCCAUCUUUUUAAAGGUGUGGGUGUCAGACGACGCACGUGCCAUUGAAUGCUUGAAAAAUGAGAACUGCUGUGAAUUUUACACCAACAAGGAGUAUGCCGUAUCCUCAUCGAUUGUGUCGUUCUACCUGCCGCUGCUGGUGAUGAUUUUCCUCUACAGUCGAGUAUUCCAGGAGGCUCAGAAACAGCUGGAGAAGAUCAGGGGCAGAGAGAGACAUUUUUACAAUCUGCACAAUUCUGCACAGAUGACUUAUCCAGAUGACAGCCCUGCACUGAGUAAACACAGAGCAAGAAGUGAUGUGGAAGAAACGGCAGGGGAGGACAGCUUAAACAUGCAGCAAACGGUAGAUAGAGACGCUGUUAAAGAAGGAAAAGGGGAGGAAAACAGAGCAAGGACAGAAAAGGGGGAAGGAAAGCAGUCGGCCGCAAAACGUCUUAAGUUUUGUCUUAAAGAGCAGAAGGCUGUGAGAACUCUGGGAAUCAUCAUGGGCACUUUCACAUUAUGUUGGCUCCCUUUUUUUAUCCUCAAUAUUCUCAUAACUUUCCUCGACCUUGGUGACAUUACUGUACUAUUCCGACUCCUCAACUGGCUAGGGUAUUCCAACUCCGCCUUCAACCCAUUCAUCUACUGCCGCAGCCCUGAUUUCAGGCACGCCUUCCAGGAGAUACUCCAUUUAAGGGCCAAGGGAGGAGGCUGGGGAAGGACGGGAGCAUGUGGGUGGUGCAGUGUGAAACAACGGUUUUCCAAACCUUCUCAAAGACACAACAGAAACACAGACUUAGACAGAAAUAUUGGGCUGGACAGUCUGCAGACGUCAGAGUGGAAAGUGACUCUGGAGAGCUCAGUUCCAGACAGCUCACUGACAAUUGCACUACCAACAUCUGAGCAAGUUCUCGACGUAGCUCCUGGUUCCUUAUCCGGCUGGCAGGCUAAGAGCUCUGGAAGUUGGACCUGUAAGGACAAUCUUGCUUCAAUCGCCUGACCAAAUAUUAGAUAGAAGCUUAAAUUCGGAGUCUGUGCAAAAACAUUCUAUGUAAUAAAAUAACAGGUUUGAAGAUUUCAUGCUUAAUGGUAUGGGAUGCAGAGUGCAAAUUGUACAUGCAAAUGAUUGACCAGACAGAUUUUUGGGGGGUAUUUAGUUCAUAUUUUCCUGUUUUAGCACGCUUUCAUCACAUUUGAAGUGUAAAUUGCCUAAAAAUGGUUAUGAACAAACAUGUUUACAUUUCAUUUAAUUUCAGCUAAAUAAACAUUUAAAUCAAAAUCCAUCCAUCCCUUUUCUUCCGCUUCCCCAACCUUCGGCUUUUCCUCUCCCCAGCCACUUGGGCCCGCCCUUCCGGGGGAAUCUCAAGGCGUUCCCUGGCCAGGUGAGAGACACUGGCCCUCCAACAUGUCCUGGGUGUCUCUUUAGGCCUCUCUCGGUUGGACGUGUCCAAAAAACCUCAACAGGGAGGCGUCCAGGUUGAAAUAUUAAACCAACAUUUUUAAGACAUUUAAAUUUAAAUGUUAAAUCUAAACCUAAAUGCUUAUAGUUGUGCUUCAUUGGGCAUCUUAGCAAUGGUAAUAGCAAAAAAGUAUAUUUUUAUAUUUAGAAUUUAGAUUUAGCUUUAAGAGUCAGUUUAUAUUUAAUAUUUAGAUUGAAAAUUAGAAUUUAGCCUUAUCAUUUAAUUUUGAAUUAGAGUUUUGAUUUAGAUUCAGCAUUUACUUUUAGACAUACCAUUAGCAUUUAGAAUUAAAACUUUGAUUUCACAUUUAAAUUUGUAUUUGCAGUUAGAUUUAGAUUUUAAUAUUUCAAUUUUAGAUUUAACAUGUAGGUUUAUAAUUAGAAGUUAAAUUUUGAUUUAAUAUUUAGAUUUAGCUUUUAGUUUUAGAUUACGCAUUUGCAUUUAGAUAUAGAAUUUCAAUUUAGCUCUAACUAUUUGAUUUAGAAUUAGAAUUUAGAGUUAAAUUUAACAUUUUAAAUUUAGGUUUAACAUUUAAAUUUGAAUUAAACAUUUAGAUUCAGAUUUUAAGAUUUAGAACUUAGAUUUAACAUUUAAAUUUAGAAUUUGAAUUUAGAUUUAACAUUCAAGUUUAGAUUUAAGAUUUUGGUUAGUUGAAUUAAUGUUAAAUGUAAACAUGGUGAUUUAUAACAUUUUUUAGACCAUUUCUGUUUUAAAUGUAAUGAAAGUGUGCUAAAUGUAGUUUAUAAUACUAAAAAAAUGGUCUGGUUCAUCUUUUGCUCGUAUAAUUUAUUCUUGGCAUCCCACCUAAAGGUUGCUUGGUGAUGUAUCGUCAGUGUUACUGUGGUUUUGUAUGUGGUCUUUGUUCUUCUCCUGCUAAACUAACCGAAUUAUUGAGGCCAGCCUAGCCUCCGAUUAACUGUUUACAUUGAUCCAAAGCACAAUGUUUGUUACACCAGGAAAUUGAGAACUUUCGAGACAAUUUUAAAACUUCAUUGAGAAUGCCAUUUAAAAUGUGUCACCAGUAGUUACAACCCAGUGAGAUGCUGGAUUAUACAGGGUAAUGCUACGGGAAAAAUCUAAGAUUUCCCCUUUGUGCUGGACUAAAGGAUCACUUCGAGUUCUUUAUGUGAGACUGGGUCACACAGGCAGCUUGUUAAGCACACUGAACGGUAUCGUUGUUCUAAUCAAGUUAAAGGAGUUUUGGAGGAAUAGUUCGAUUUCAAAGAAAUCAUUAACAGGUCACGCUCAAGCAGUAAUUCACCUACAUGUGCAUGGUAAACAACCACCAUCCAUUUGUAACAAAGCCGCACAUUUAGACUAAAAUCUUCCUGAAGAAGAGAAAACAAACUGAACUCCAUCAACCCAAAAGCACUAAUGCAGAUCUCACUUCAGGCUUAUUUAUGAUUAGAUGAUGAAGGGCAGUUUGUCUGUUUUAAACUCCUUAAACCUCAACAUGAUCUACUGUGGAAUAUUUGUGUUUGAGAUAAGCAUCUGAGACCUAAACCUGUGACUCUCAGAUGGUUCUUUCUUCUCUUUCUCCCUGUUUGCUUAUUUUCCAUCACUUGCUUAUUCCCUGGAUCUUUUUCCAUUGCCUCCACAAACCCUCACCAUGAACCUGCACUUCCCUUCUGCUCCAUAUGUUUCAGCUCUACAAACACUGCAAUCUGUCAAACGGAGCUGGGGAGAUCUUUAUCGCGCGGUUAUUUCUGUUAAAUCAUCUUAAAAUCGAAUUCAAUCGGUUUACACAGAUUUAAGUGCUUACUCCAAAUGCACUGGUCUGAGCGGAAACUUGGCUGUGAUACUAAUUCAGUCUGAUUUGUUUUAUUCUAUAAAAUCAAUUUCGGCUUGUUGUGUGUCUGUAAAACUUCCUGAAACUGUCAAACAUAAUUUCAAAAAAAAAAAAAAAAAGAAUCCCUCUUGUCUUAAAUAAAAUCUGAAUCAUGAAACACAGUAAAAUGUUAAUAAAAUCUCCACGUUUGGAUAUGUAAAUGUUUUGUGCACAUGUGAUUAUUGUGGUUGAUUGUAAAAUCUGAAGUGUAAAACAUACUUAAUUCAAGCAACAUAUUGGUACCUUGACAUGUGGGUAAGUGUUGGUGUCUGUUUUACUGUCUUUUUUUAAGUAGAAAACCAAAAACUGUCAGAACCUAACCAUAAAUACCUACUUACCCCGUCUUUCCACCGAACGCGAAAGCGGCGUGUAAUGAAAUAGAGGCCCUGAGGUCCCUAAUCUAGAGUGCUUCUGACGCAAAACGGGAGCAAAAGCGUUUCACGCUGUCGGUUCAGCAAAGUCACAAAAUCGCGGGAGAAUUUCAACACCACACAGGGGUUUAACAGGAAAUGCACAUGAUUUUUAUUUGUUUAUUUUGAAAGUUUCUACCGUAAUUUCCGGACAAUAGAGCACACCUCAAUUUAAGCCGCACCAGCAAAAAAAAAGUUUUCUACACACACACACACCGCACUCAAAUACAAGCCGCGGCGCAGCAGCCACAUGCAGGUCUCCGGCGCACAGCGCAUGUAUGGCCAUGACAUAAGAUAAUUAGACAGAAAGACGCUACACGGAAGUUUUUUGUUGUUGUUUAGAAAAGAAAACAGCACUGAUAGCAUUCAUACUUCUGGAUGGUUAUAAAAUAAAAACAGAACUGACACGUUAUUACUGGUAAUUUGCAUGUUUAGGAGAAAAGAACAGCGCUGGCACAGCAUUAAUAAGCCCUGGGUGAUUAGAAAAUAAAAACUGCACACAAAACAUGCCUGGUUAGUAAUGAUCUGCACAGUGGAAACAGUGGAAACCCCUUGGCUGUCUGCCCUUUGUGUGUUCACUCAGUCUUCAAGAAUGUUUUCCAAUUCCGGCCAUCUGCUUUUAUCUCCUCUGAAAGCUUUUGUCGUUUUUUUUACAUUGACUCAGUUCUUCCCGCUGCUGCCUCCAGCGCCAAACCAUGGAUUAAUCCAUGCCAAGCUUACGUGCGGCAGCACUGUUUCGGCAGGUGAAGGAAAAUCUUCGGUAAAGCCGCACCUCAUUAUAAGCCGCAUGGUUCAAAGCGUGGGAAAAAAGUGCGGCUUAUAGUCCAGAAAAUACGGUAGAUGUAUUACACUGUUUUUGUGUCUGACUUCCUGUCUGGCCCCGUCCAGAACGCUACACUUUAGGUGGAAAGGAACUUGAUCACGAUAACGAAGGCAAAUUGCCGCGUAGUACGUUUCGCGGCCGUUUCUCCACGCUUUCACAUCCGGUGAAAGGAAGGGGUGAGGCUAAAUGUUUUACAAUUGUGUCCACAUUGAAGUUACAAAACAAAACUUGUGUUUGCUUUGCAGAAAAUGAAAUUUCUUGUUAGAAGAAAAUAAUUGUCAUUUUCUACCUCCAUUAGUCGAGUGAAUGUAAUCUCAGUGCUGUAAAUAUUUAUUUGUGAGCUGUAGUUGUACAUGUUUAUAAGUAAAAAGAGAAAGUUUGAAACAAUGUAAUUUAAA